AUGAAGGACCUGCGGGGGUGGCACGCCUUCUGCUUCGGCGACACGGAGCCCUACGCGGAGGAGGAGGACGACGACGACGACGAGGAGGACGAGGACGAGGACGAGCCGGCCGCCGGGGACGCGCCCGCCGCCGCGCCGGCGCCGGCGCCGGCGCCGCCCGCCGUGGCGGCGACGCCCGGGGGCACGGCGCCGACGACGCGCCUCGUGCUGCAGUUCGACGGCGUGAUGACGCAGCGGCUCGUCGUCAUGCAGUGCGGCUGGCUCGGCCGCUGCGCGCUGAGCCGGAACCGCGCGCUCUGGCUCUACGCGCUCCUCGCGCGCCUCGAGAAGCCCGUGCACCGCGACACGGCCGCCGUGCUCCGGGAGCUCGUGAAGCGUUUGUGCGUGUUGCGGGACGCGCUCCCGGACGCGCGCGCGCCCGAGGCCGCGCCGCUCAUGGCGCUCCUCGUCGUCGCGGGCCGCUACUACGAGCAGGCCACGCCCGACGAGCUGCCGCGGGGGACCUGA